UUUUCCUCUUUAAUUAUUUCAGAAAACCGGCCGUUGAAACCCUGUAUAAUUAUUGUUUAUUUAUUCCUCGUUUUAAACAUUCCUUCUUCUCUGAACAUGGAAGAUUUUUUGUAAAUAGCCAAGAAAGAACAGAUCGAAGGCGGUCUUUAAUACGGUGAAAAGCAUGUAAAGAGUUGCAGAAAUCACAGAUGAGUUUUACUAUUAUCCAGACAACACUUGUUCUCAACACAUUUAUGGGCGGAAGGAGAAAGCAGCAGCCAAAGCAGAGCCAGCGUUGGGAUAAUUGCCCCCGCUCGGUAUCAUCAUUCUCAACAAGGAAUCUUCACCGUCAAAAUGAGCAGCGGGGGUAUUCGAACCGUGGACUGUUCAGAAGAAGAACCGAGUCUGAUGGAUCUCCCUCCAGAGGUGUUAUUGUGUAUAAUGGAGCGGGUGAAUGAUGUGGCGGACUUGGGAGCCGUGGUGUGCACCUGCCGUCAGUUUCGAACCAUGGCUAGGGUUGUGCCCUUCGCUGUCAAAUUAAGCCAUUCUAAGUACUUGCCCUCCUCCAGGGUUUUGACAAGGGCGGUUCUGAAGAGUAUAAGAUCAUAUAUGCCGUCUACUAGGGUUUUGGACUUAGCCGGGACCUGGAUCGUCGACGAUGAUGUGGCGGCUGUCUUGGCAGAUUUGAAGAACUUGGACUGUCUUGUUUUAGAUGCUUGCCAGAAACUGACAUCAUAUGUGGCAGAUGCAUUGGCAGUUUCAGUAAGAACAGGUCCUCGAACCAUUAGCAUGCAGAGGUGCUUUGGAAUAGGACCCACAGCUGCCGGUAACUUACUUGCUGCAGCAGCUGCGAAUGGAUCACGUCUAGAAUGCAUUCUGUUUAGUCAUCUUGAUCGCUUGGAUAUUCCCAGGGAUAUCUCUCUAGUUGAGAGAGAUGAAGGUAUUUGCAAAGAAACCACCAUGCAUGUAAACUCACAUUGGUUAAAAAUGACCAAUGUUGGUGCUGGGUUACGCAUUCUCGCUUUAAACAAUUGUGCCAGUCUCAGCUUCUUUGAGUUGGUAUCUGUGGCCACGACAUGUCCACUGCUGGAAAUUUGGAUGCUUGGAGGCUCGGUUGAAGGUCUUGGUCUUCUCCGUUGUGAGAAUUUGUCCGAAGAAAGAGUACAGACAGCUGUAUCAGCUCUAGUCAAGGCAACUCAGCAUCUUCCAGAGUUAUGUGUCCUGGAAACCACAUUUUUCUCAAGCAGUGUUGUUCAAUCGUUAAGGUUAGAAAUCAGGAAAGACAUUCAAGUCUGGGAUUUUUGUCAGAAGCAGUCUGUUAUGGAUGCUCUUCUGUAUAUCAGUGGUUGCGUGGAGAAUUCCAAAAUUAAGAAUUCAAUUAUGGAUACAUCUGCUGGAAUGUCCAAGUUAUCUGAAAAUAUUAAAGAGGAUUUUGGUUCAAAAGGGGGUUACUGUCAGGAUGAGAGAAAGUCAAUGUUUUUCAGGGAAGAUUUGGUGUUUGCAGUUCAUGCUGCUGUGAACUGUUCUGACAUGAGAAGGAGAACGCCCUUGCAUGUUGCUGCUACAUCUGGAGAUUCUCUUACUGUCCAAGGCCUAUUAGCAAUUGGUGCUGAGGCCAAAGGAAUGAAAGAUUCGGGGGGAGCGACUGCUUUGUUUGUGGCUGCUGAAUGUGGCCAUGCAGAUGUUUGUGAAUUGCUUCUACAAGGUGGGGCAGAUGUUUUGGCCUGUAACAGGGCUGGGGAGAAUCCUCUGUACAUUGCAGCUUUAAGAGGUCAUUGCAAAGCUGUAGAUGUUUUGGUGAGACACUGUUGUAAAACUAAUAUCAAUUGGCAGAGUGCAAAAGCUUAUGGUGAUGGGUGGACACCCUUAAUGGCAGCUGCAGUUGCUGAUCGACAAGAUGUUGCAAAGGUUUUACUUAAAGCUGUAAAUAUAAACCUGAGCAGCCAUCUGGAUGAUAUUAUUUUCAGUGAAAAUGUAAUCUGUGCUUCGAAGAAAGUAGCAAAUAUAAACCUAAUCAGCCACUUGGACAAUAAUUUUGUCAGUGAAAAUGCGACCUGCUUGAAGGAUAAUAAAAUGAACAUUGACAAAAGUGAUAUCUAUGCUAGCACAAUGCUCAAAAUUUUGCAGAAGUACAAAUCUACCUGUGGAAGUUUUCACAUUCAGUUGUUGGAUGCUCAAAAUCGAUAUGGCCAGACAGCUCUUCAUAUUGCUGCCAGGAGGGACUCUAUCUGGUUCGUCUGUAAUCUUCUCAUAGCAGGAGCUUCAAUGGAUAUACGUGAUUGCUAUAUGAUGCGAGCUGUUGAUGUUGCUUACCACCAUAAACACAAAGUAGUUGCAAAUAUUUUAAGGAAAUGGGAUGCUAUCCAGAGGAACCAUGAUCUAUUCAGAACUCAGCAACAGUCUCAUAAGAUACUUAAAGGCUUAAGAUCCAAAGAUGAACAGAAUGACAAUGAUGCAAGUAAAUCUCUCUCUACAUAUAUGUCAAAGAAGAUGAGAAAUCCAACUGUGAAUGUCCAUAAAAAUGAAGAAAAUAUUGCAACAAGCUCAAGUAUUAAGCUUCCAGAAGAUCCUGGAAGACCCAUUGCUGCAUGCCGUUGGAGGGUGAAAAGUGAACAGAAAAGGGAAGCUUUGACUGCAGAGUCAUCAUCUGGCAUAUAGUAUUAUGUUUAAAGAGCUGAUUGAUCAAGAACUAGAGUGAAUAUUCUAGGCCAGCAGUGUAUUCUUCUAUUCCAGAAUGAGUAUUGGCAGAAAUUGUGUAAAAUUCUUGUGGAGGUAAUGAAAAAUAGAAUAUAGAGUUACAGGGAACAAUUGUCCUUUAUUCUUCUAGGUUUCCUCAAGAUUUUAUCUACUUUUUUUGGGUUUAUAAUUAGCAGACAGUGCAAUAAUCAUAUAAUUUGGUUUUAUUUUGUGACAUGUAGUUGGUUCAACUCUUGUAGUUAGUAAAUUGGUUUUAGUUGUUUCUCUGGUUAUUCUUUA